GUGGUACAUGAUGAAAAUUGUGCCACUGUUUAAAUAAAAUGGUAUAUGUACGAUUAAUGAUACUUUAUUGUUCUGAACUACUGUAUAUAUAAACAUUUAAAAAAAUUAAGAUGCACUACAUGCACAUUUAGGAAAAAAAAAAGAAAAUUAAAGUAAAAAGUAUAAAAGCUAAAAUCCUCCAACUAAAGGUCAAUAGUUAAAAACCUUGAAUACCCAUAUUUACAUACACUGAUCCAGAGUCUAUUUUACAUUUCUGUUCAUUUGCAGCAUGCAAUUGUUUCGAAGCUUUUAAACACAGAAGUGAUGUUCCAGUCUUGUCUAUUCCUGUCAGGGUGCAAUUAGAAAAUCAGCGGCAUACAAAACCCCUCACCGACCCAGCUGCACACACUGCCAGUCAUCCAUUAGCUUUUGCAAUCAGAAUAUUAGUGGUCAGAGCUACUCAUCAGAAGAUUGGAGUUUCAAGCCCCAUCACUGCCAAGUUACAACUGUUGGGCCCUUUAGCAAGGCCCUCAACCCUUUCUUUCAUAGACAUGCUGUACCAUGGCUAAUCUUGCACUUCCAACCCAAUUUAUUACAUAAGAUGGGAUAUGUCACACUACUUAGUAUAAAUAUAUGGGGCAAAUAACACUUCUUUUCUAAUUUGGUGUAGUCACAGCCAAGAAAGUGCCUUAGAGAGUUAUGCCAUGAAAGACAGGUCAAUCCAUUAAUGUUUUCCCUAAACACUGUGUGUUCCAGCCACUGAAUAAGCCUUUAUUUUAGCUAAGUAAUUACCAUUCUGGCUAGAUUUAAUCAUGAAAACUACACGUUUGGUAUCCAAUUCACGUCAUAUCUUUAAUUACGGUUCAGACCACACAAACUGGUUUCAUGUUUAUGGUAAAACACCACUUAAUUUCUGGCUCAAUGAUACUUUGGCAGUAACCAAUUCAACACGUGGAAUGUGCAAGUCACCAUGGUCUCUGUCUGAGCAGGUACUUAGUCAGCUGGGAAGUGAAUAAACAUUGCGUGUUGCCUGUAAUCCAAUAGCACAGGCUAUCUUAAGGGUGAGCUGCUUUUUCCAUGGCGGUGCAAUCUGCUUUAGACCUCGAUUUAAAGUAACAGGCUUAUUGAAAUGAAAUCUUUGUUAUUACACAAUUCUGAGACUUUUUUUUACAUGAUGCAACAUAAGAUUAUUUUUAUUAGAUUAUCCAAUUAGUAUCAAAUGCAUAGCACGUCAACUGGGGGUGUCAGAAAUGUAUUUUAAUGAGAUGAAGCAUCAUAAUCAUGGUGAACCUACAAACCCAUUUGAAUGCAGUGACUAGUGAUUUUUUUUUCUGAGAAUAUCUAAAUGUCUUCACUCAUAUUUGGAUUCGGAGCUGGAACUCAUUAAGCAGAAUUAAAAAACUAACAAGAAUGUAAAAAAAUAAAAAACGUUGCACAUUUUAAUGCAUUGACCAGGGCUCUGGCAUUCGAGUCUAUUCCUGUCCAGAUGUAAAAGGAACAUGGGUGUGAGGGGUGUGUGUCAGUUUGGAUUGGAUGAGUAAUACGAGACCGGCACCCUAACCCAUCUAACCUAUCAAACCCCCACCCCGAACAUUAAUCCAUCACCUUGUUGUUUACCCUGUAUCUGUUCCACUUGUUAGGAUAUGGCCAGCGGGUAGCUUUGCUUCCACGUGAACCCUUAGAGCAACUUGAGUGGUGCAUUAUGGGAAAAUGUGGUGGGUGGAAAAUGCAUAGGCAGGCAGGCAGCCCCCCCAAAAAAAGAUCAAGCUUGAAUAACAGUUCUCUGGAUGCCAAUGAGAAGGAAUAUGUGCUUGGUCAGAGGUGGCGUACAUUGGAAGAAAAUGCUGUGACUGAUUUUGGAGACCUGAGUUUCAAGCACCUGGAGGAGGAUGACCGGUUCAUGAACGUUCCCUUCCCACGUACGGUGGGAUAUGCCAAUCAGAUUUUGUCAGAAACCGUGAGCAGAGCCGUAGGGGCGGGGCAUACGACUGUCAUGCUAGGAGGAGAUCACAGCUUGGCCAUCGGCUCGGUUGCAGGUCACGCCCAGCAGCGUCCGGAUCUUUGUCUGAUCUGGGUCGACGCCCAUGCGGACAUUAACACACCGAUGACUUCACCAUCCGGAAACCUCCACGGCCAGCCGGUCGCAUUCAUGCUCAAAGAGCUGCAGGACAAGAUGCCAGUGGUUCCUGGGUUCUCCUGGAUGACACCAUUUCUCAAAGCCAGAGAUCUGGUUUACAUCGGCCUUAGAGACGUUGACCCUGGCGAACAUGUUAUUCUGAAGAACCUGGGCAUCCAGUGCUUCACCAUGCGGGAUAUCGACAGAAUGGGCAUGCAAAGGGUUAUGGAAGUGACGCUGGAUCAUCUGAUAGCAAGGAAACAGCGUCCCAUCCACCUGAGCUUCGACAUUGAUGCAUUUGACCCCAGUCUUGCUCCAGCUACAGGAACUCCCGUUAAUGGAGGACUGACUUAUAGAGAAGGAAUCUACAUUACAGAGGAGAUCCAUAACACAGGUUUGCUUUCUGCAAUGGACCUGGUGGAGGUAAAUCCAACCCUGGGUGCAAGCUCUGAGGCGGUGGAGGCCACCGCCGGUCUUGCUGUGGACGUCAUCGCAUCAUCUCUGGGUCAGACCCGUGAGCUACAAGACACUGAACAACUCGGCCUGUAGAGCCACGACGACACAAACACAGACCCAGACCCAGGAGUGAAAUGCAAACCUGCUUAGCAUUCCACCAUUUGAACAAAAAAAGAUGCACAAACCAGAAACUUUGAGUGUGAGAAAAUACAAGAGGAGAAAAGAGAGGGAUUGUGCCCCCCCUCACAAAUAAAACGCACAGACGUAUUCUACGUGACUGAGCCAUCAAGGACUAAAGGCGUAUCAAUACUAGAUAUUCUAAUAUUUUGAUUGAAUGGACUGUUUACUGAAUUUAUGCAAAGAUUGAUUGAUUAUUUUUAAUAACCUACCUGCUGAAUAUCUUUGAAACAAUGCUGUACCUUUGUGUUAUUGUCUCUUCGAAAUGUCGACAUGACAUUUAACAUUUAAAAUGUCUGUUUUUAAGUGUUUUUUCUUUCGUCUCAACAAAAUAAAUAAAAAUUUAAUUUCCUA